AUGGGCUCUUUACAUGCCUCGGGAAUCGCUGAUAUCACCAUCGCCAGCUUGCAAAGCAUCACCUCCAAGGAUCGUCUUCAGAAAUUCGACCCGGCCAGGUUCAAGCUUGUUCUGGUCGACGAGGCUCACCACAUCGUGGCUCCUGGCUACAUGCGUAUCCUCAAGCACUUUGACCUCGACGCCAAGAAGCCCCAUUCUCCCGCGCUGGUCGGCGUGUCCGCCACUUUCUCCCGUUUCGACGGCCUCAAACUGGGCGCCGCCAUCGAUCAAAUUGUCUACCACAAGGACUACGUCGAUAUGAUUGGAGAAAAGUGGCUUUCCGACGUCGUCUUCACCACUGUCAAGUCGACUGCUGACAUCUCACGGGUGAAGAAUGGCGUCAACGGGGACUUCCAGGCUGGCGAGCUGUCGCGCGUCGUCAACACUGACCAGAUCAACGAGAUCACCGUGCGAAGCUGGCUCGCCAGGGCACAGGGUCGAAGGUCAACUCUUGUCUUCUGUGUCGAUCUGGCUCAUGUUGCUGGCUUGACCCAGAAAUUCCGUCGAUUUGGACUAGAUGCUAGGUUUGUCACAGGAGACACGCCAACCAUCGAGCGCAGUGAGAUUCUCCGGGCUUUCCGAAAUGGAGAGUUCCCCGUGCUGGUCAACUGCGGUGUGUUUACCGAGGGAACCGACAUCCCGAACAUUGACUGCAUUAUUCUGGCGCGGCCAACGCGCUCCCGGAAUUUGCUGGUGCAGAUGAUAGGCAGGGGCAUGCGUCUGCACGCUGGAAAGACGAACUGUCACAUUAUCGACAUGGUUUCGAGCUUGGAGACCGGCAUCGUUACCACGCCGACUCUGUUUGGACUCGAUCCAGGGGAGUUACUCGAGAAGGCCUCGAUGGAUGACAUAAAGACCUCGAGGGAGCGGAAGGACGAUGAGACACACCGACGCCAAGCAGCCUAUUCAGACACUUCCACGUCUGGAUCGUCGCCAGAAUCGAUGUCCAUAUCCUUCACAGAGUAUUCUUCCGUCUAUGACCUCAUUGAAGACACCUCAGGCGAGAAACACAUUCGGUCAAUGAGUCAAUAUGCAUGGGUACAAGUCGGCCAAGACAAGUACGUCUUGUGCGCGCCAAACGGGUCUUUCAUCAGGCUCGAGAGGAUUGACAACCAGUCUGAUCCCAGCAAGCCACUCUUCCACGCUGUCGAAAUGCGAGCACUGCCUCCCGAGAUAUCAAAGUCCCCCUACGCGGCUCCGCGGGAACUUCUCAGGGCUACGACCUUUGCUGAUGCUGUUCAUGGCAGUGAUAAGUAUGCCUCGGAGGCGUUCCCGCAUGUCUUCAUCCACCGCUAUCAGAGCUGGCGCAAGAAGCCGCCAACGCAAGGGCAGAUCGAUUUCUUGAAUAAGAUGCGGCCCAAGGAUGAGCCGCUCGCCGAAGGCAAAAUCACGAAAGGCCAGGCUACUGACAUGAUCACCAAGAUCAAGCACGGUGCGAAGGGGAGGUUCGCCACCUUGGAGGUGCAGAAGCGGCGAGCUCUGCGCGAAAUUCAACGUGCAGAUCAACGGGAGGUUCUUAAGCUAAGAGAGCGCGUUUCCGUUGGGCCGCUUGCUUCCUGA